GUUACUUGAAGAAAUAUUUAUGAUUAAGUCAAUGUAUCAAUCAUUGGUCUGGUGUAGACUUCAUCCAAUGCGUUAAUCUCAUUCUUAAUCACGCUAUACUAUAUGCCAUGGGAAUUAGUAAACUGUUAGGACCCGAGAAACAUAAUCAAUGGCUACAAUUAAACAAAAACAUAAAUAACUGAUGAUUUUUGAAAGUGAAGACAACAGGAAUGCAAAAAGCAAUAAUCCAUCUAGAAAACAUUCAAUUUCAAUUUUAUCACCUUCAACAUCUUCAAUUGAAUUGACAGGACAUAGUCAAAAUAAUAAUAAUAGUAGCAGUGCUAUUAAUAGAAUGACAAAUCAUUCAAAAUUUGAUAAUUUAUCAUCUGAAUAUAAUCCAAGUCAUAAUAGAUGGUCACCAGAACAUUUUAAUAAUAAUAAUAGUAAUAAAGCAAAUAAUUCAAAUCGGCAUACACCUAAUAAAUAUCUCGCAAUCAAUCCAUAUUACAAUAUGGAGGAUUCCAAUGCAUCUUCUUCUAAUGAAACAAAAAUUCAAAUAUUGAAAUCGAUUGAUAAUGAUGGUGUCGGUAGUGGUUUUACUAGUUGUACCAGUGGUAAUAUAGGUCAAAUUGGAGUUAUUUCAACUAAUCUUAGUAAUGAUAAUAAUAAUAAUACUAUUGCUACUUCAAUUACCAAUAAUACUCCCAGUAGUAAUAACAAUUUUGAUAUCGAUUGUUUUCAUUAUCCGUUACGUGAAGCAAUGAAUCAGGAUUUAAUUGAUUUACUACGAUCACAAAUAUCAAAAUUAUUAGAGGAAAAUGAAAAGCUUGUGUCACGAAUUGACGAUUAUCGACAAAAGAUAGCAUUUAUUGAACGCGAAAAACGAGAAGCAGCAGUAGAUCCAUCCAAUGAAAUUUUAACAUUACAAACGGAAUUAGGUGAAGCACGAAUGAGAGAAGCAGAACUGACUAUAUCAUUUGAAGAAUUACAGCACCGUAUAACAGCCAUAGAUCGGCUUAUAGAAACUGAUCCGGAAAUGGAGAACUUUUUUAAUGCUGUUACCAUAUCGCCAACAAGUUUAUCUAUGAAAAAACAAUCUCAGAUACCUAAUUCAAGUCAGAACAGUUCACCUGCAAAAUAUGCCAAUUAUCAAUCGACACAACACAAUUUAUCUGAUAUGGAAGAUCAACGAAUAGUACACGAAAUUCGUUCAUCCCCAUAUUCAACUGAAGAAAACAAUUCUCAAAAGUUAGCUUCACCAUCAAUCAAUAGGUCUUUGUAUAGUCGUGUAUCUAACAGUAAUAAUAAUAAUAGUUACACUAGUCGAAUUUAUUCUCGUCUUCAAAAUGAGCAAUACAAUAAUAAUUUUAACAAUGAUAUUGAUGGUGAAUUUCCUCGAGGUAUUCAACAAUCUGGGUUGGAUUCACCUCAAAGUGAUAGUGGUUGUAGCCUGGCUAGUCAUACAACAUCUGAUGGUAAAGAUGGAAAAGAAGUAACGAAUGCGUUUGGUCGAGUAACAGUUGGUGCAGAGAAUUAUGAUAAUUCUAAUAAUCGUAUAAAUGUUCGACGAUUAACUCAACCUCAUUAUAACUUUCAAAUUGAAGCAAACAAUCGAACAAUGUCUCCUUCUUGUCGAGACAGAAGUCAUGGUGGUGAUGAAGAUGAAGAUUUUGACACAGAGUCAAAAAAUAAUCGUCCAAAAGGAUUUGUUUCAUUAUUACGUAGAAGUCGUAGUAGUGCUGCUGAUCAUGUUAUGAUGAAUGGAUUUCGAAGUGAACUUAACUCUCCUUGUUCUAAUGACACAAUUAAUCAUAAUCGAGCAUCAAUAGAUACUCCAACACCGACAGAAUCAGGUGCUUCGGGAUCAGAACAAUAUGAAAUAUGUGGGAAUGAGAGAAAACCAGGUGAUCGUUUAAGUCGAUUGAGAGCUUCUCUUAGGCAGUCAUUUGGAUGGCCUUCAUCAAAACCAGAUUUUCGAAUGGAAGCCUUUGCAGCUAGGCAAGGUGAAGCUAGAGCUUUGCUAAAACUCAGAGAGACCAGAAUGGAUGUUCUGAGAGUACAAUCCAGAUGUCAAACAUUACAACGUCAUAUUGAUCGUCUGGAAGCUAUCAAUUCAUUUCGUAUGUCUGAACUUGAAGAUGCUGUAGCUAAUGAUCGUGAACUUCGUCAAGAGAUUAGAAAUUUACAAACUCGAAUCUUUCAAAUAGAAGCUGAGCAUCGAGAGUUUAAAGUUGGCCAACGAAUUAAAGAAAUGGAAUUAAUGAGUAAAUUAGCAGAAUCUAAUAUGCGUCUAUCUCAUGCAGAAAUGUCUAAUCAACAAGCGAUUGUCUGGUCCCAAUUGAAUAAAGCACAUGAAGCGGCAGUUGAUUUAUUGACACCAGCACAUUCUCAAACAUCUUUGAUAUCACCUUGUAUGCUAACAAUUGAAUCACCGUCUACUUCACGAUAUACCAUAGCAAAUAAUAGUAAUAAUAGUAAUAAUAAUAACAAUAAUAACUCUGGUUGUAAAGAGGAUGGUAUGGAUACUUGUCGAAACAAGAAUAAUUUUUCAUCAGUUUCACGAUAUGGUGAUUUAAGAAGAGAUGUAAGCGGACGGAAAACAGAUUUAAGCAAAACAACUAUAUUCACAGAGUUUUCCGAUGGACAACACAAUGCAAAUUAUGAAAGUAUAAAUGAUAGACGAUUAAUGAGAUCAGAGUCAAAUUCAUCAACUCAACGAAAUCAUCACCAUCAACAUACAUCUAGUAAUCGACGUGAUAAAUCAAUUGACUCUUUAUCAGAAUUACGUUUAAUGCCAGAAAUUAGCAUUAUAGGGAAAUCUUCAGACGUAAAUCGAUAAUUAUCAUCAUAUCAUUCAAUAACACAUUAAAACAACAAUGACAUUCACUGUCUUUAUACAUUACAUAUCUGAUAAAUUUACAUAUCAAAAUAGUUCUUAUAAACCUCUUAGAUAUAAAUUGCUUCAAUAUAAAUACAUAUAGAUAUAAUAUCUGUGUAUAUCACUGUUAACAAAUGUAUUGUGUAUUCAAUGUUUUAUACCGAUCUAUCACUCAAUAUUAAGUACUUUUUAUAUCACUCAUCCUUUCCUAAGCACUUAACAUCUACACUCUUCUCACAGAAACAAAACAAAACAACACAACCACUAAUAAGCAAAUGAAUAUAUAUAUAUAUAUUAUGAACCAGUGUUUUCACGUAGUUACCUUUCCUGAAACUUUGUUGUUUCCUUUUAUCUCUUUUUUUCUUUUCUUUAUACUCUCUUGUAGUCAUCAUUUGUACUACCUUUUUUCAUUGUUGUGUUCAAAGAAAAAAAAGACAUAUACAGUUUGAUUUUUAGUAACGUAUGAUGAUUCCUUUUGUUUUCUUUCAAUAACUACACUUAUUAUUAUUAUUAUUAUUGAAGAUAUUUCAUUUUGGCACUAUUCAUAUUCAUAAUAUUUAUUCUUAACUAUUUUUAUUGACUUGAUUUUAUUCCUUCUUCUUGUUUCUUUAUUGUUUAUGUUUUUUUCUCUUCAUGAUAUUGUCGAUAAAACAGUUUUUGGUCAUUAUACUUUCAUUGGUUUAAUUAAUGGCUGUGCAAUUAUUAUUAUUAUUAUUAUUAUAUAUAUUACUAUUAUUAUUAUCAUUAUUAUUAUUAUCAAAGUUACUAUUAUGAUUGCUAUUUUAGAGUAAAAAUUUUUCUUUUUUUUGAUUCACUGGGAUUUUCUAUCUGUUUUAUCUUUUUCCCUUUCUCUCACUCUUUUUAACAAACAUGCUUAUUAUUAUUCAUUGAAUCAAUAAUUUAUUACAUCUUGGUGAUGAUAAUGAUAAUUAGUUUUCAUGGGAAUUAUUUUGUAAGUGGAACUGUUUACUAUUGAAAGUCAUGAAAUGAUUUUUUUUUUAAUAUAGAGAAUAAUAGAUAAGUUCGAUGUUAGCGUUUAUUAUCUAAAGUUUAUGGAAAUGUUAAACAGAAGCAAUGAAUUUUAUAUUCGAUUUUAAUCAAGGAUAUACUGUUGAGAUCAUGGACAUGUUUCUUAACUAGUUUAAAAAUUCAUAUUUUUAGUCUCAUGUUGACUCCUAGACUCUUUCUACUUAGUACAUAAAUCAAUAUUAAGUACAGGUUGAAUUAACAGCCGAAGCACUCAACUCCAAGUAAGAUAAAUUGUAAUCUUAUUUAUUUAUAAAAUCGUUGAGAUUUAUUGAAUUAUAUCUAUUACAUAGCUGGAUGAUAUAUGAUGACAAAUGUUUGCAUAUUUGAAAUCAUGAGUUUAUGUAAGCUAGACCAUCAUUGAAAAACAGAGAGCACCGGAUGGACAUUCCAUUUUGGUUCGGGACUCCUCGAGUGUGCAUACUUAUCAUUCGUCAAGCGGGGACUCAAACCUAGAACUUUCGAUGCCUAACCGUUAGACCAGCGAGUUGGCAUUCAACUAUGUCAAUGUUUAACUUCAAUCAGUCCAUGAUCUUGCGAAACUUUUCAUCCAUGGCCUGUGAUGAAUAGCUGUCUCAAACCUGAUACAGAUUGGAUUCUACUGGUCACAGAUUCUCACAAGAACUCCAGGAGUUAUGUCUCGAAGCCAGCAGUAUAUAGGAUUUAUGGAGAUUGCAGUAUUUUCACAGGUUUUUGUAAUAUGGGUGUAUAAUAGUCCAUAAAAAUCAAUUAAUAUGCAAUUAGAAGAAAGUUUUAUAAAUAUUCAUAUUGUAGACUAGAAAGGUAGAGGGAAGUGAACCUUGACCAGAUUUCUAGUAGAAUCAACUGAUAGGAAACCCUAUGGUGUGACUUCAAUAAUGUUCCACUUAGUUAAUUUUUCCUUUAAAUUCAAUAAUUUAUUGAUCGACGGUCAGUACAUUGAUAUUUAACAAUGAUGGUAUUUCAUCAGUCUACCAACUUGAAGUCUUUAAGUGUAACUGAACACAAACUGUUUAAUUUCUGUGUUACAUGUACCCAGAGUACUGACCCCAAUUCGGACGUUACUAUAACUUGCUAUCAUCCACUUGAUAGGUGCACACCUCAAGUGUUACAAAUGUUACAAAUCGAAUGCAUAUGACCACUAAAUUUAAUUUCCAGAUUUCAGUUAUUAAAAAAAAUUAUUAUUCAGACUAUUAUGAUAAACUAGCUUGAUGGAAACGAAAAUAAAUUGUGCUUUAGAGAAAAAAGUGUUAAAAAUGAAUGCGUAUAGAAAAUGACAAAUAAAUGAUUUCAAGAAGGAUAUCAAACAUAAACUCAUUGAAU